AAAGGAGCCAAAGUACGAUAGGCAGCGUCGAGCAGUUUGCCGUCGAUACUCACCUUUCGUCACGUUUUUGUUCCCAGUGUGUGUACUCAGUGCGCGUGUGUAAAUCUCCGACGAACUCGUCAAUAAAGAAUUCUGCUUAUUUUUGACUUGACGUAUCGAGCGGUGAUAAUACAGUGCGUAAUGAAUUGUUGUUAUCGAGGAACGCGUGAUCAAAGAUAUUCGAAAUAGCGCGCGCCUGUGCUGCCAUUCAUUGGAUACACGCAUCUACCAAUAGCGGGAAAUCGCAGUAGAGGGGAAAGAUCUCAUCGAGACCUCGUCUGCAGUAGUGGAGGGUGCCAGCUUACCGCGAGUUUCAGUGUGUACCAGUUUUGCCCAAGACAAUUCAGCGACCAGACGUACCGCUUGUUUCGUUUGCGUCUCCUCGAUACGGUGUUUAUGUCUGUGAACAAGCAGUGUAUACAAUCACCGAGUGAGCGACCCUAGCUUGUGGAGAACUGUCGCGUUUGUACCGACUAUUCAAAACGAAAAAUUGUGCAUUUUAGUGAAUAUUUGUGCAUAAGGUGUGUUGUCUUAGCUAAUCGAGAUUCGGACUUGAUGUCUCGAACGCAGGACUCUGCACGUUGGCAAGUUCAAGUGACAGUUGAAAGAUAGUUAAACUUGAUAUUUAGCAACGAGAAAGCGCGAAGUUUGUUGCACCAGGACGUGAGCUAAAAGUGUACAAAUUAAUCGUUGUGGUGCAUUUUUACAGCGUACCCUCACAGUGGAUAAUAUGCUGACUAUGGAAUCUGACAUGAAGGGUCUCCACGCCAACAUACCCCCUCAUCCUCAUCAGGGAGUCUCGCCGAUGGGCCAUCAUUCAGUUUCUCCGUAUGCACCCCUUGGUUCUCUCAUGCAUAGCCCUACGUUAUCGGGGAGCCCGCCUAAUAUGAACAAUCUCUCUAUUUCAAAUGUGAAUCAUCAUCAUCAGUCGAUGCAGAAUCACUACGCGUCGAUGCAAUCGCAGCAGCAACAGCAAACGUCGCAUCAGCAAAAUAUGUCUCAAAAUCUGAUGAGUUUAAAUUUGCAUAACGCCGCUCCGCAAUCGCAGCAGCAGCAGCAGCAGCAGCAGCAACAGCAACAGCCUCAGCACCAUCAUCAGUCGCCACAGUCGCACAACAACCAAACACAAACACAGCAUGCUCCAAACAAUAACAAUAACACGAGCAAAAACAACAAUAUCGAUCGGGUCAAGAGGCCCAUGAAUGCGUUCAUGGUAUGGUCACGAGGCCAAAGGCGCAAGAUGGCUCAAGAAAAUCCGAAAAUGCACAAUUCGGAAAUCUCGAAGCGUUUGGGAGCCGAGUGGAAGUUGUUGACGGAAAACGAGAAGAGGCCGUUCAUCGACGAGGCCAAGCGAUUGCGGGCUGUUCACAUGAAGGAGCAUCCCGAUUACAAGUACAGGCCACGCAGAAAAACAAAGACCCUCAUGAAGAAGGACAAGUUUCAAUUGGGAGGAAGCGCGAGCGUCGGUGGCAUCUUAGACCAGCGUCAGGUCGCCAACAAUACGAGUUCUCAACAAGCUCCGAUCUCGCGCGAAAAUUGUUACAACAUGUCGAACGGCUAUUUGCCAAACAGCUACGGUAUUCUCAACGAUCCAGCGACCCCGUACCAGCCGCAUUACGGACAUUUGAGCGCCGCUGCCGCGGCGGCUUCGUACUCCAGCCGCUACGACAUGCAGCACCCACUGGCAUCGGGCAAUCCGCCUUCGCAGAUAAACGCCUACAUCAACGGAUUCGCGUGUAACGCUUACGGGCAGCCAACGAGCAACGUCCAGGGCGGAUCACCGUCGCCGUACAGUCAGGUACAAGCCGGAUCGCAAAUGUCCUCGAACAAUAGUCCGUCGGGCAGCAGCAUUAAGAGCGAGCCCACCAGCCCGGGUAGCGUCGGUGUAACGCCGAGUCCCACGGGCCCCUCGGCGUCGGCGCCGUCGAAACCCAGGGACAAUUCACAGUUCAUGAACCAACAGUCUGUUCAGCCCACACACCAACAAUCGCACCAUCAGCAUCAGCAAUUGCAGCAGCUGCAGCAACAUCAACAGCACCAGCAGCAGCAACCCACAUCGGAACUGGCUCAGAUGUUUAAUAUGAUGAUCGAGAACCCGGCUCAAAAUAUGAUCGAUCAACAUAAUUACUAUAGCAACGCAGGGGUAGAUGCAAUGGGACAGCAUCAAGUCAUACCGCCAAUACCGCAUAUGUCCGAGAGCGAGAGAAAAAUGAUGAGCCCGGAAGCACAGUGUUACGCAGAAUCUGUGAGAAUAUGGGAAUGGAACUCGACGAACAACGUUCGAGUACAAGAAUCUUGGCCUACGUGAGCGGGGUUCACAAUGAAACAAUCGAAUUUUCACCAAGACGACAACUCAAGUUUCUAGAUCGACUUGCAGUAAAUGAUCCAAACUGCUGCGAGUAUCAAUGGAAUCUAAAACUGAUUUAACUGAGACCACUUCAUAAAUAAACGGAAAAACUCAUAUACAUUCAAGCUCGUUUUAAUAAAUUUUUAUGUAGAUUUCGAUUUAAUAAUGUAUAAAAAUGUAAGUGUUGAAUGAUCUUCGUUGAAAAAGCAUUAAUAGCACUCAGAACAACUUUUUAAUGUAAAUACAUUUAAUAAUUAUAAUUAAAUAAAAAGUGUAAUUAAUCGAC